GCUGUAAAGGAGGGAGUCGCAGUGUAUCCAAGUUGUGCAGUGUUGCUUACCACGUAGGAGGCAUAACACUCGCCGUCUUUACAAUAGGAUCCUAACAUUUUCAUAAAUUUUUAAGUUCUACGUUUCGGUGUCUUCGUUUCUUAGAUGCUCUUUUCUCUUUGUUACUCUUGGAAGAAACGUAUCACCGGUCUCGUCGUAAAUCCUAGCACAAGAUCGAUUAUCUCGAGAAAGGUGUUUUUCAGCAGGUCCAUUGCGAAAGGCAAGUAAUUAUUUGUAAGAGCAUCCGGAACUAGGAUCACAAAAGUUGUUAGCGCUGAAUAUUUUUACGUACACACGCGAUCAACGACGAAGGUAGAUCUGGAAUUCAGCGUGUAAUUCGACUCAUAGAUACAUAGAUAUAUGGAUACGAUUGAGAUUGAUAAUUAGACCAAGAUCGAUGUACCAGAAUCAGCGCGCCUAAGAACCAGAUGAGAUAUCGGGAAAAUGUGAAAUGGAAUUUCAAAAAGGGAAAAGGAAAACAGAGUUAGAAGCAACACUGUCACUGACACCGAUUAAGAUCGCUGGAAUCAUUGGAUAUUCUUCCAUCGUGGCUAUAUCAGCUACUUAACUUACGAGUCGAGUUAAGAUACACAAGUUGGACCGAGUUAAGAUACAGUGGAUAAUCCGGAAAAAGUGGGUUCUUAGUGCCAUUGUUAGUGCCCGGUCCGAAAUUAAUAAUCAUCGCGGGUCCUACCUCUCUCUCGUGCCAGAGAUUGUUCCACAUAUCGAUACUCAUAUCGACCACUGUUGGUUUUUGCGUAACGAUGUGUAGCUUUUAAAAUAAAUAUCGCGUGUCGUUCGAGUGUUCUUCUAAUAACAUUGUGAUCGAAUCGAAUAAAAUAACCUCGUUCGUUUUUAUCGUUUUUCACAAAACGUUCUAAUAUCACGCGUACGAGACUACCAACAGUACUCUUUACUGUGUCUUCUUUACUGUGUACGGUGCCUAAAUAACUUAAGUAAAGAAAAACUAGUGCCUAUAUAACGUAUAUGCGCAAUAAAUACAUACAUAUAUACAUAUAUGAAAUGCUGUGACGUGAAAAUAUCGACCGACUCAUCGAUCGAAAUCGUUCGAUGAACGGAUCAGUGAUACAGUGAUACUUGAGAUACACGACAUAUCUCUGUUCCAUCCUCGUUAGAAUUUUAUUCCAACCUUUACCGAAAGAAGUUUUACUUACGCGAAACAAAAUUUCCUAUCAUCGAACUAGAAGUAGGAUUAGGACCAGAGAAUAAUCGUUGACGCUGGCAUAUACGAAUAUCGAAUUUAAGAAACGACGUUCUAUGAAAUUAUUCGUACCGUUCCUCGGGCUCGAGUGAGCAAGCAGACUUGUACUUGUUGAAAUCCAAUCGAAUAUUUACGCCUUCUACGCCUUCGCGUCUCUUUGCAAUUUCCGUUCUCUCUACAAAGAUCUUCCGCUUACAUCACACGUACACACGCAUACGUUCAAGAUACAGAGCAAUGUCUCGUUUAAUGUUGUGCAAUCUCGGAAAUACGUCCACGACAGGAAAUGAUACGAAUAACAAUGCAAAUACGAAUAGUAGCAUGGAAGAUGAUGACUACUAUCCGCUGCCUACUAUUUAUCGCUGCCGUGCACCUAUAGCGAGUUUGGAUUGCAUGGAAGAAUUCAACGGCGGCGGCGGCGGUGGCGGCGGUGGCGGCGGCGGCGUUGGCGUCGGCGGCGGUGGUGGUGCUGUGGACUCUGGUGUACACUGCAGUAAUACCGCUGGAACGAAGGAACAGCUACUGACUAACUGCAUUGCCGCACAAGCGCAACGCUUACAGCAUCCUUCGCCAGGUAUUCGCUACCGCAACUUGGGCAAAAGCGGUCUACGUGUUUCCAAUGUUGGAUUAGGUACGUGGACAACUUUUGGCAUAGGAGGUUGCAGUAACGAGGAAACAGCUGAAGCUGUGGUUGCUCUCGCCUACGAUAGCGGAAUAAAUGUGUUCGACUUGAGCGAAGCUCAUAGCGGUCAUAGAGCAGAAAUUCAAUUUGGACGAAUUUUAUUACGUCGAGCUUGGAAUCGUUCGAGUUACGUCGUUACUACCAAGAUAUAUUGGAAUACGAAGGCGGAGGGUCGUGGGUUGUCACGGAAACACAUAAUCGAAUCAGUGCAAGCAUCUUUAGUCAGAUUACAAUUAUCGUACAUCGAUAUCGUAAUGAUUCAUAAAGUAGAUCCAAUGUGUCCCAUGGAAGAAAUAGUACGUGCUAUGAAUUACGUGAUAAGCAAAGGGUGGGUAAUGUACUGGGGGACGUCUCGUUGGAGUCCCGUAGAAAUAAUGGAAGCUUAUACGAAUUGUCGGCAAUUUAAUUGUGUCACGCCGAUAGUAGAACAAGCCGAAUAUCAUUUGUUUUAUAGAGAAAAACCGGAACUUUAUAUGCCAGAGUUGUACAAUAAAAUAGGUGUCGGUCUGAUGGCGUGGUCCACAGUUACAAUCGGUAUGGUUUCUUCGAAACCCGAAGACUGUGGUGUCUCUUUUUUAUCGAGAUCUUCCUAUAAGAAUAAGUAUUCGUCGUUCAGUUGGACGGAAGACGAAACGCAAUCUUUGUACAAAGAAGAAUACGGCUGGAAAGAAAAAUCGGCCGAUGACGAAACACGAAAAUACUCGGAUAAAUUACGAGACGUCUGUGCACUCGCCGAACGACUCGGCUGCUCUUUCGGACAGUUGGCAAUCGCGUGGUCUUUAAAGAAUGAAAGUGUUCAGUGCCUUCUUCUUGGUGCAUCAAACAUAGAUCAACUGUAUGAGAGUCUACAAAGUUUACAGCUAAUUCCAAAAUUGAAUGCCAACAUAAUGAACGAAAUUGAACGAAUUCUUGAUAACAAACCGUCGCGACCUCCGAUAAUAUCAUCGCUGGCACUCAGAUGACAAUCAAUUUGCCCCCACGGAAGUGGUGGGGGCUCCUUAGAGGAUGGAGGUAGCCCGAAAAGCGAGGGCGCCAACAGUCAAGAUCAAGAGCAGACCAAAGAGCUAACCGGUAAACUACCAUUCUGCGAGAUACAAUGAAAGCACGUUGAUACAUUUACGUACAUUUUCUGCAUAAUUUGAUCUUGGCCGAGUAAAAUCGAAUCGAUUAGAAUGGAAUUCGGCCAAGAUAAGCGAAAUCGUGCCAAGCGAUAUCACACGAGAGGCAUAAUAACGAGGAGAAAGAGAGACAUUUGAAUUACGUAUCUUAUACGCUCAACGUGUCCGGCGCAAAUGUUUAUCGCGAGUAAAUGAAUCGAUGACAAUACUUUUAUGGUUACAGUUGCGAUUAGCGGUUGUGGUAGCGGUUGUGGUAGCGGUUGUGGUAGCGGUUGUGGUUACGGUUGCGGUCACGGUGCGGUCACGGUGCGGUCACGGUUGCGGUCGUGAUUGCGGCUUGUGGUUGCGGAUUAUACGGUUACGAUUGCCGAGAAUAGCAAUUAUAAUUUAGCAAUUACCGAGAAAUGUUGGCGGAUAAAUUCCACAAACACAGUUUGCACUCUUCCAUACAGCUGUACGAUUAUCCUUUUUAUCAUCUUCUAUUGGAAUUACGCGUAUAUACGUAGACGUGAUUCAAUGGGGGCGCGAGGGAAAGAAAUUGAAAUAGAUUGGAAAUUGUUGUUUCGCGUAGAGAAACUUUUCGUUUCGAAGAAAGGCGAGCGAUUACGAUGAGUGUUCUACGAGUCUACAGAUGGAAUCUUUAUUCGUGAUUCACUAUGCACACAGGUGUUCAUUCGAAAUUAGAUAGAAUAUCGUAGCGCUUUUAUUAUGACUAUGUAAGAUGAUAUCGUGGCGUAUAGCUAUUUCGUUUAAGCUUCGAACAAUUCUUUAUACCGUUUCAUCGUUCCACGGUUUCGACGCUCCUACGAGGGAAAGAAAAACGUAUACGUGUAUUUUUUCAUUUCAAUACAUCGCACGAACAACUACGGUGAUACGCGUCAAAAUGUCUACACGAUAUCGUACACGUGUAUACGUAUGUACAUGGUUUUCGACGUGGUAAGUGAAAAGUGCAUCGUCGAUCCUUUGGCUAUCAUGUGAAGCAAUUGCUGUUCGGCCCUUUCUUAUCCGAUGUCACUUUUUUAACAUACAUAACUCUUGCCAUGCCGUUCUUUAUAACAGAUGGUCAGCUAGCUCUCUCGGGUUAGCUAACUAGCCAUUUUGCCAGUUAACUAUCUUACCGAGGAGCUGUGCACGUAGGAUAGGUAAAGUAAAUGGCGUAGGCGGGUAGACGUGUAAGUAGGUAGACGUGCGUAGUUAAGGUAAGUAGAUAGACGAGUAUGUACAUACUUACGAGUAGAUAAAUAGAGGUAUGAAAGCGCGAACGGCUAAUUGUAAGUAAACGAAGGUAAGCGAAGGGAAGCGAAGGGAAGCGAAGGAAAGCGAAUGGAAGCAAAGAAAUUAUGCGAGAUCCAGUGAGAGAAGAAAUGGUGCAAUGCGGAAUCGAAAAGUAUGAAAAUAACGAGGAGAAAUAAAAAUAUCGUAGGUAUCACUGCGUAUUACACGGAGCCAAAGUUCGGUACAAGAACGUUUCCGCUCUACGCUUAUUUCGUUCGAUUCGUUCGACUAUCUGCUGUCUCUUGUAAGUACGUUAGAGCAAUGUUUUUCUCUUGCAUUUGGUUCACCGAAUCAAACCGUCCUAAUGGCGCGACAUAGCGCGAAGCCUCGUAGAACUAAUAAGACCGUUUGCAAAUUGUAUCGCUCACGCGCCGGAUAAAAUUGAAUAUUCUUGUUGUUAGACAGGAACAAUUUCAGAUAUAUACACCCACAUAUAUAUGCGUGUGCCUGUGCGUGCGUGUGUCUGUGCGUUUGCGCGUUUGCGUG